UGGAUCGAUAAGGACGCUAGUCUGCUCAUACCGGUCGAUACGUCACCGGUUUGGCACAGUGACAAGAUUGUAUAAGUUGUAUUCUGAUCGGGAAAUAGGUCAUCUGAUGACCAACCGAGCAAACGUCGCAACAUCCAACAACUCGAAAAAUAUUGUGUGGUUAGUUUGCUUGUCUAUUCACACAACGGUCAUUCAAAUAAACAGGACGAGAAAGCCCACGCGUUCCAUAGUGGAAGCAUAAACUGCCUAUUUAUGAAAACUGCAAUUCUACUAGAUGAAAUAGAUGAACUGCGUGAACUAAGCAAUGCUAAUAAUGCUCAUCUGACAAGAUCGUCUGAAACAUUUAUAUUUUCUCAAAUUACUGAUCAGAAGCUAACAAUACCCAGCAUUUCUUUAUUUGACGAUAGCAGAAAAACAAGGAUGAGGGACGAAGUGGCUCUGUACCUGAGAUCUUGCUUGGUUUCAAAUAAAGUAUACACUUGUUGUGUUGUUGCUUCCAACCACACAAUCCUCAUAGCAGAACAUGGGAUAACUAGAAAAAGAUGUUAAACAUUUAACAUCGUGCGCGAUAUUCGAACGGGAAGUUUAGUCCUAACGUGAUUUGCAUAUAUCAAACUUUUGCUGUGUUCUUACGCAACAAAAGUACCAUUUCAGUUCUAAAAAAUCUAUCCUGAGCUAUACGUUCGGUAGAUUACUUUUUUUUUUGAGUUUCACUAUAUUCAAUAGUUACCUGUGGUUUUGCCUCAGCUUACUAUUCGGUUUUUUUUUGUUUUUCACGUAUUGACUAGUUUCAGUUUAUAUCACUCGUUUUGUCCGUUUUGUCCGUUUUCAGUGUGCAUUUUAGUGUUUUUUUUUAAAAGGUCUUAAGCUUUUGCCAGCAUCUAUAACAUAGUUUGCUUCAACACCGUCAUGAAAAACUCAUGCAAACGUCCGGGAUGCCGUUUUGCUGUCACAACUGGCAUGCAGUGUGACAACUGCAAAGGUUGGUUUCACGAAGCAUGCACAAAUCUGACAGCAACUGCUUACAACAAACUCAGCAAGUCAGACCAAAAGUGGGUAUGUGUCACGUGCAACACGGACGCAGUAGUCUUGCUGAGUAACAUCAUUGUCCUACUGACAGGUCUUCGAAACAAGCUGUCAGUUAACUUGGAAUACGACAGUAAAAAAACUGAUAUACAAACAAGAGCGCGCAACGGACUCAAAAAUAGGGAUGUCGAUAGGUAUGUCAUCGAUGGAGCAUCCAUCAACACUAACGACGACGUGUCGAGGCUCAGUACCAUCAUUACGUCGACGGUACUAGACUCCCUAGGCAAACUCGGGUCCCCCAGCUCAGGGUCGCUGAACACAACAGUGGUUCCCAAAAACCCUGCAGGCGAUUCGACCCACGUUAAGAGAGCCCAAAAGAACCAGGCAUCACCGCCUAAGUCGAGCAACCCAAGUGUUGCUGCACGGAAAAUAACUGGUGAUUUAGUCGCACAGUCUACCCCCAAGACUGUUCGUCCGGUCAAUAAAGAGCCCAUGAUUCAUAAACUCACACUGACCUCCAAAAAACAAGUUAUUAAACCUGAACCCAUCGUGAAACCUGGUAAAUUAACAACAGUUCGUGAUGAUUCUCUCAUUAUCAUGAACCUCGUCGACAAUCCUGACCUUCCUCUCAGUCUGCAGGAUAAAAACGACAGGAUGCUGUGGGGUGAAUUGAACAAAAAGCUCGAACUUCCUAGAAUAGAGCCUUUGACGGUCACCCGGCUCACUCGAGGAAAGGAUUCUAAGCAUCUAAAUCACCCUAGGCUUCUCCGAGUAACACUUAAGAAUGCUACCGACGUAGAGGACGUCUUGCUAGCAAGUCACUUACUGAAAUCAGAUGGUAACGUAAGAAUAUUGCCCGACAUACCGUACUCUGAGCGCAAUAUCAUACGUAACGUCCCUAAAGAAUCUCGCGAGAAGUUCUUCCGCGGACGAAACAUAAUUGUCCAAGGUAUACCGGAAAAUGCAGACCCUACUCACUCAAAUUCUGACAUCAGGGAAUGGAAAUUCAUCAAACAGUCCUUGAGGCUCAAACACAUACUGACUCAGCAUGUGACGAGACUAGCCAAGAAGGACGGUGAUCUUAGACCCCGUCUAAUGAAGAUAACCUUCCCAUCUUCCCACAUGGCGGCUGCAGUUCUGGAAGCAUUUCGUGCUAAUAGACGUCGAUUGCCACCUGGAAUCCACAUGCACCCGGAUAGGCCAUACGAAGUCAGGACCAAGAACAAAGGCAAGCUGGAGCUGACCAUUCCACUUGUGGACUGUCUAAACGAUAAAAAAAACGUGUAAAGUACAGGGCCUACCACCUCGGCAAACCUCAUAUAGGUGGGCUACCUGUCCAUUCACAUAAGGUUCAUACAGAAAAACAGGACGAAGCUCAUGCGUUCCAAAUUGAAAGCAUAAACUGCUUAUAUAUGAACGCUGCGAGUUUACCAAACAAACUGGAUGAACUACGUGAACUUAGCAACGCUAACAAGGCCCAUCUGAUAGGAAUAUCUGAAACCUGGAUAUCUUCUCAGUUCUCGGAUCAAGAGUUAGCAUUGCCUGGGAUGACUUUGUUCCGCAACGACAGAAAAAUAGGAAUUGGGGGCGGAGUAGCCAUAUACAUAAGCUCUUGCUUGGAGGUGCACCAGGUUCACAACCUCGAGUUUAACAAUCUUGAGGAAUCCAUAUGGUGCUCUGUAAGGUUGUCUAGUACUUCCAGGUGUCUAGUCGGAGUCAUUUACAGGAAGCCAACUGCCGACACCGAGUACGAUAGUCGUAUGCUGGAAGGACUAUCCCGCUCUAUCCGUCUCGGUUUCACACACAUCCUGAUUCUAGGGGACUUUAAUCUCCCUAGAGUCAACUUCGCGGAACACACGUACACUGGAGGCGAAAACUCAACUGAAGCUCGGUUCUUCAACCUCAUCGAUAACUUGGGCUUAUAUGAAAAUGUGAGGUCGGCAACUCGUUGGAGAAACAGUCAAACACCAUCGCGCUUAGACUGUGUAUUCACUAACGAAGAAUUCCUAGUCGACAACCUCUCAAUCCUGGCUCCUCUGGGAAAAAGCGAUCAUGCCGUCAUAGCCUUCAGUUUUGUCAUCAAAACUAAGCUAAGGUAUCCCAACAAUAAUUUGCGUUGGAAUUUUAAACGGCUGAAUGUGCCAGCUCUACAUGACUAUCUACAACAGGUGGUUUGGGAUGUUCACCCUCAAAUCGAUGUGGAUGGUCAUUGGGACUUCUUACUGCACACGCUCUUAUGUGCUACAGACCAUUCAGUUCCUCAAACGGUUCCCAAAAGCUUCAAGCCACCUACAGUAAUCAAGAACCGUACCCUUCGCCUCCUAAGCCGCAAACGGCACUGUUGGGCGGAAUACAAACGAACUAAUAAUGAUGGAGCUUAUAGGCAAUACAAACAUAUCAGGAACACAUGCACGAAGGCUAUAAGAGAAGACAGGCUUCAGUACCAAACAAAGCUUAUGGACAAAUUCGCCUCUAACCCUAGAAGCCCAUUCCGUUAUGCAGCCUCUCUUCGUCAAGCCAAAACAGGAGUUUCUCAACUGCUAGGUCCUAACGGCCCGACCAACAACGAUGGCGACGCCGCUAACCUUCUGGCGGCCCAUUAUUCUCAAACAUUUCAACCGGCUGAUAUCAACUUUAUUGACGACAGUUUCAUCUGCAAUUCCACAGGACUUUCUGAAGUGGACCUAAGCGCUGACUUGGUGUUCCGGAAACUGCAGCACUUAAGACUUGACACUUCUCCUGGCCCGGAUAUGGUUCAUCCUGCCAUACUGAGGGAGGCAGCCUUAAUCCUGGCAACGCCGCUUAGCGUGAUGUUUUCACACUCGCUUAGCCGAGGCAAAUUACCGGAAAAUUGGAAGUUGGCUCACAUCACACCAAUUUUCAAAGGUGGUCGACGCAAUGAACCUUCAAGUUAUCGGCCGGUAGCUCUUCUGUCGUUACCUUCAAAACUCAUGGAGUCCCUGAUAUGCGACGGUUUAAAUGACUAUCUACUGUCCUUAAAUUUCUUCUCACCCCAACAGCAUGGUUUCAGGAAGGGUUACUCUUGUAUAACCAACCUGCUGACUGCGGUGGACAGAUGGACAAGCAUCCUUGAUCGCAAGGGAAAGGUUGAUGUCAUUUACCUUGAUUUCUCAAAAGCUUUUGAUAAGGUUAACCACUUGUGUCUUAUCAACAAGCUCAAACGACUAGGUAUCAAACCACCUCUAAUCGACUGGCUUACUUCAUACCUAAAAAAUCGACACUUUAAGGUUAGGGUUAAUUUCACUUUAUCUCAAGCUAUGGAAUGUCCUAGUGGGGUCCCCCAGGGCUCAGUACUAGGGCCUCUUCUCUUCUUGAUCUACAUAAAUGAUCUUCCUCAACAGGUAACGUCAGACUUAUUACUUUUUGCCGACGACGUGAAACUUUGGAGAGAGAUACGCAACCAAGACGAUAUACAGGCACUUCAAGAUGAUCUGACUCGACUUCAAAGUUGGGCAGACGAUAACGGACUUACCUUUAACACUUCUAAGUGUAAAGUAGUCCAUCUGCGACAUGUCGCAAACUACAGUUACAACUUAGGAAACACCUCUCUAGUAGUAUCCCAAGUCGAAAAAGAUUUAGGAGUCCUGGUGCCCCAUGACUUAAAGUCUUACGCUAACUGUGACAAAAAUGCCUUCCGAGCAAACCUUGCACUGGUAAGGUUGAGGCGCAUUUUUGGUCAGUUUGACGGAAGAACGUUCCACACAAUCUUCAAUAGUUUCAUCCGUCCCCAUUUAGAGUACGGAAACAUAGUACUCCCCCCCUCACUCCAAAAGGAUAAGGUCACUUUGGAGCGUAUCCAACGGCGAGCCACGAAAUCAGUUCGAGGACUCAAAUCUAAGCCUUACGAAGAACGCCUUCGUUCACUAGACCUUUACCCACUAGAAUAUAGGCGUCUUAGAGGUGAUUUAUUAAUGGCUUAUAGUAUUCUUAACACUUCUGGACAUCCUCUUAAACACCUACUUAAGCUUAGUUCGAACAAUAACCUAAGGGGUAACACCCAGAAACUGGAAACACAACAUAGCAAGACGGAAUGUAGACACAACUUCUACUCCUUAAGAGUUGUCAAAAGCUGGAACUCGCUGCCGGCCGAGCUAGUCCAAGCGACUUCUCAGGAGUCCUUCAAGAGGCAACUUGACCUAUUCUUAAGGACCAAGGACAGCAUCACACUAUGAUUUACCAAUUUCUUUUCCUCUUUUAUUGUUAACAUACCUAGGUUCCUGCCUGGAGGAUUUGGUGAUCCCCUGCUACUAGACACGGAAGCCUGUUAAGCGAAAGCUUCUUCUAUUCCGUCCACAACCAUUUGAACCAUUUGAACACGAGCAGAAGACCAACAAUCGUGAACGCGGAAACAUUUAUUCAUUUAAUCGGAUGGUAUGACUCGGCCUCGCAAGCAUGGCUAUUUUCGUGUAACCCCUUACCUCCCCACAUUAUAUAUAACAUUCUAUCUCCGGCCAAAAUUUGUACUUCCUAAGUGCUAAACAUUAUAUUGUUGUGUCAUGAAAUGACGAUUCAGAAUAGACAACAAUGGGACUUUCAUUUAAAAUCUUAUAGUUGUGUAGUCACACUAUGACGAAUCUACGAUUUUAGGAUGAGGUCUAUUAUCAUAAUAGUACUAAUAACGAAGUGAACCGUAGUUCUGCACCCGCAAGAGUUUAUCAAUUAUGAUGAAUCUGUAUGUGUUGUGUCUUUAUGGCCCGCUAGUUAUCACGUGAUUUAUUCGCCAAUCAAAAUACGACUUAUUCGCUAUUGUACUGUACUAAACCAAUGGAGUUCGUCCGGUCUGAUCAGCUUAGCGUCUUAUUGGUCCGUUGCUCGCCUAGCCCGUCCAGCUGAUUCCAGAAUGCCAACAACAUCCUACACUAUGCGAAUCAUUUAUUUCAGACAUACUGGGUUUGUAUACCAAACAAGCAGACCGCAACGCAACAUAAAAUAGGAAAUACCAUUCAUACACAAUAAAGCCAAAAAGUGGCUGUGAACGUGAGAGACAGUAAUUAAUAAACUGAAUAUAAUUUAAGAACAGUAGAUCGUACAAUAAUAAAUUAUAAAUCUAAAUAAAGCUUAUAAUAAGGGAAAUAUACACAUACAUAUAAUCUAGCUACUGAAUAGUUAUACAAUAAGAAUACAUAGAUAAUAUUAGUCCAUUAAUAGUUCUCAGAAGUUACUCUUAUCUUAAUCUCCAAUAAGAUAUAACGGUAUGGUGCUCAGUAAGAUUG